AUGCAUCUUCUUAACCUGACGCUACAGCCGCCUACAGGCGUGCAUUUGUCUGUUUAUGGCAAUUUUUCUUCCCCUCAAGCACAGGAAUUUAUAGUCGCUCGUAAUGAUGUGCUUCAAUUGCUACGUCCAGAUGAAGCAGGACGUUUAGAAGUAAUUAUUUCGACUCAAGUUUUUGGAGUUGUACGUGCUUUGCAGCCUUUUCGUCUUACUGGAGGAGAACGAGAUUACGUCGUUGUAGGCUCUGACUCUGGAAAAAUUGUUGUCCUUGAAGUGAACUCGACAUUGAAUCAAUUUGAAGCCAAACAGACAGAAACUUAUGGCAAAACAGGGUGUAGACGUAUCACACCAGGACAAUACUUGGCAGCUGAUCCUAAAGGACGUGCAAUCUUUGUGGGUGCAGUAGAAAAGCAAAAACUUGUCUACGUCAUGAAUCGUGACGCUUCUAGUCGUCUUACGAUCUCGUCGCCAUUGGAAGCUCAUCGUUCCAAUGCCAUUCAUUUUGAUGUUGUUGGGCUCGAUGUGGGCUUUGAAAAUCCUAUAUUUGCCUGUUUAGAGCUUAAUUAUGCUGAUGCAGAUGCUGAUCCUAGUGGUCAAGCUGCACUUGAAACAGUAAAGACUUUGGUGUAUUAUGAACUGGAUCUUGGAUUGAAUCAUGUGACGAGAAGAUGGAGUGAAGAGGUCGUGAGAAGUGCUAAUAUGGUCGUAGCAGUACCAGGAGGAGGAGAUGGACCGGGAGGAGUGUUGGUGCUAGGAGAGAACAUGAUACAGUACAAGAAUGAAGGCCACCCAGAGCUCACAUGUGCCAUUCCACGACGUGAAGAUGAAGCAAGGAAUGUGAUUAUUGUAUCUGCUGCCACACAUAAACAGAGAGAUCUGUUCUUUGUGUUAUUGCAGUCGGAGCUUGGAGAUCUGUACAAGAUCUCGCUCAAUUACUCAGGAAACGUGGUGGAAGAGGUCAGAAUUCAGUUCUUUGAUACGGUCCCUGUGGCGAUGGCCAUGUGUAUUACUAAAACUGGACUACUCUUCUGCGCGUCCGAGUUCUCAAACCACUAUUUAUUCCAAUUUCUGAGUAUUGGAGAAGGUGAUGAUACUGCAAAAUGCUCGAGUUUAGCGAUGGACCCGACAGAGGUCUCGACGUUCACGUUGAGGAAAUUGAAAAACUUGGCACUGGCCAGCUUCAUGCCAAGUUUAAGUCCAGUGACUCAAUUGCUUGUGGAUGACUUGGCGAAUGAACAGACGCCGCAAAUGUACGCAUUGUGUGGUAAUGGCAACCGCUCGUCGCUACGUGUGCUGCGCCAUGGUCUUCCAAUCACGGAGAUGGCCGCUAGUGCUUUGCCGGGUGUGGCCAAGGCAGUCUGGUGCUUGAAGGAAUCGUACGGAGACCCGUACGACAAGUAUAUUGUCGUGAGUUUUGAAGAUGCAACGUUAGUACUCGAGGUAGGCGAGACAGUUGAGGAGGUGUCCCAGUCUGGGUUCAUUCGUGAUCACGGAUCCUUGUUGGUGGCGCUGCUGGAGGACGACUCGAAGCUUCAGAUUCACACGAACGGAAUUCGACAUGUGCCAAAGUUUCAGCCUGUUACGGAGUGGAAGGCACCUGGAAAGAAGGUGAUUGAGCACUGUGCUGCUAACUCUCGUCAGGUUGUGAUCUCGCUAGCCGGCGGCGAAAUUAUUUACUUUGAGUUGGGUCAGUCAGGUGAACUUGCCGAAAAAGGUAAAUUGGACCUGGGUUUUGAAGUAUGCAGCUUAGAUCUGGGCGAGGUUCCUGAGGGUCGCCAGCGUUUUCAGUUUAUGGCAGUGGGUAGCUGGGACAAUACUGUCCGCAUCUUCUCUCUAGACCCCAAUGACCUGUUCCGGCAAAAAUCGACUUUGGCGUUGACGUCACACCCACAUACACUUUGCCUCGCACAAUUACAGAACGAAUCAUCGACAUUAGACUCGGAGCACUCAUCUCAAGCGCUUUUCUUGAGUAUCGGCUUGGACAAUGGUGUGCUACAGCAAUCAUUAAUUGACCCAAUCACUGCUACAUUGACGGAUUCUCGCUCACGCUUCCUCGGCACAAACCCCGUGAAACUCUUCCGAGUGGCAGCCGAAGGAAAGCGUUCGAUCCUUGCGCUUUCGAGUCGGGCAUGGAUCUCCUACUUCCUUCAGACGCGGAGACACCUCACUCCGCUGUCGUGCGAAUUGCUUUCUUACGCAAGCUCCUUUAACUCUGAGCAGUGUCCCGGUGGUAUCGUCGCGCUGACAAAUGACGGAAUGAAAAUUUUGACAGUGGAUCAACUCGGGGACACAUUCAAUCAGCAAAAGUGCAACUUACGCUACACACCUCGCAAGGCAGUGAUACACUCCCCUUCUCGACGACUAAUAGUCAUUGAAAGCGACCACAACGAAUAUGGUGCUACUUACAAAAGGCAACGUGGUCUGCAGAUUCAUGACAUUCGAAGUGCCACCGAACAGGAAGAUGAAGAUGAGGACGAAAUCAGCGAUGCGUUGUUGUUUCCUCGUAGCUCCCUUCCGGCUGAGAAAGACAAGUGGGCUUCGUGUGUGCGAAUUAUUGACCCUGCAUCAUGUCAAACGGUAGUUUGUGAGGAGCUGGAUGUGGAUGAACGUGCCCGAAGUAUUGCUGCUUGUGUAUUCCAUGACCGUGGUGGGGAAGCAUUUAUUAUCGUUGGCACGGUAAAGAAAAUGCAGCUGCAUCCGCAAAAGGCGCCGGCAGGAGCUUAUUUGCGUGUUUACCGUGUCGUCGAAGGUAUGCAACUGGUGCUUGUUCAUACGACUGAGAUUGAUGACAUUCCGCACGCAAUUUGCGAGUUCCAGGGACGACUUCUUGUAUCAGUCGGACGGGCACUCCGAAUGUAUGAUCUUGGAAAAAAGAAGAUGCUGCGCAAAUGCGAGAAUCGCAACUUUCCAUCCAUUUUAGUGGAGCUGAAGGCUGCUGGUGAUCGCAUUUAUGCGUCGGACAUGCACGAAUCUUUCCACUUCGUGAAGUAUAAAAAGGAUGAAAACCAACUUGUGAUCUUUGCCGAUGACUGUGUGCCGCGCUUCAUCACUAGUAGCGUCUUGCUUGAUUACGAUACGCUAUGCGGAGCGGACAAGUUUGGCAACAUAUUCAUCUCUCGACUUCCGUCCGAAGUCUCCGACGAGAUUGACAAUCCCACGGGCAACCGUAUUCUGUGGGACUCUGGCCUUCUUAAUGGUGCACCUAACAAGCUUGAGCAGGUGGCUCAGUUCCACGUGGGUGACGUGGUAACCAGCCUGGUGCGCUCCAGUUUGGUUCCUGGAGGUACCGAAGCGAUCAUUUACGCAACGAUAAUGGGUCGUAUCGGCGCUCUAAUCCCAUUUGCCUCGCGCGAGGACGUGGAUUUCUACACUCAUCUAGAGAUGUAUAUGCGCCAAGAACAGCCCCCGCUUUGCGGCCGUGAUCACCUGUCGUACCGGUCGUACUAUGUUCCGGUGAAAAACGUCACAGAUGGCGAUUUGUGCGAGCAAUAUAGCACACUUAGCGUGGAAAAACAGGCUAGUGUGGCCGAAGACCUUGACCGCACGCCGGCCGAAGUACUGAAGAAGCUCGAGGACAUUCGUAACCGUCUCUUGUAA